UUGCCUUCCAUGAUGACUCAGAAUCUUUUGUACUUCUCUUAGAAUUCCAGAAUCUGUUGCAUGGGUAACUUCACAGAAUCCCAGAAUUCGUUGCACAGGUGGCUCUCCUCGUGGAAUCUUGGAACUUCUGGUUCUGGAUUGUGCUUUCUUCACUGGGCCCCUUGCCCUGGGGCUCCUGGGCUGGGGGGGGGGGGGCGGUUUGAGAAGUGAGGCAGAGACAUUCAUUCCACCACCCAGAUGGUCAGGCAGCUGGCAGGAGGGGAACGAGCAAGGAAGGGUCCCCAGGUCCCUCAGUUACUGUGAGGUGCUCUAAGCUUCACUCUAUUAACACAACAGGAAUCCAGGUGUCGUCACCAAGGACAGAAACAAUGGUGGCAGCUGGCCUUGCUGUUAAUACUUCUACUCCUGGUUGGGUCUGACCAGGCCAAAAUAGGGGGGAUGCUCUAGCACCCAUGCCAAUGAUGGCAGGAUUUUAUCUGGGGUUGGGCCUAUGAGGCCUUCUGGGUGAGAGGGAUGGUCUGUAGGGGCUCUUGGCAGGGAUGAGCUGAUGCUCUGAGGGCAGUUGGGUUUGGUACCAGUGCCUGGGCCUGGAUUUCGAGGAAGAAGAAAGCCAUGCACAGCAGCUUGUGUUGUACCACGUUUGGGAACCUUGGCCUCUUUAUCAAGCUGCACUGUGUUUGAAUCCUGACCCCCAUGCUUAUGAGCAGGGUGGCCUUGGACAAGCUACUUAAUCUCUCUAUGCCUAAAUUUCUGCCUCUAAAAAGGAGAUAAUGGUAGUUCUUACCUCAGAGUGAGAAGUAAUCAGAUAAUUGAGGUCAAACACUACCACAGUGUCUGUCAUUUAGUAAGUGCUUAGUAAGUGACAUUGACUUUCAUCAUGUCACCCACCCGGUUAGGGAAGAAAGAAUUUGCAGAACCCUUAUGUGGAGACGGGAAUCACCUGAGGGCAAGCACUCCCCGAGGGGAGCUUUCCCCUGAAAAGCUGGAAACCUGAGAGGGAGUGUGUGUGGGGGCAGGGAGGUCCUUCCCUUCUUUGGCUCACUUUCUAGUAGCCUGCCCUGAAAAAAGGCCGAGACCAACUGCUAAGGAGCGUGACCCAUUUUAGUGUUUGUACUCUGUCAUCAUCUUAUAUUUUAAAUAGAAUGCUUCCUGCAGUAUGUUCCGGAGAGUUCUGCAACAUGAUCUGGGCAUAAGUUGAGAGACAGGAGAAAACUCUGAGCUAGCAGCACUGAUGUUUCCCACAGACACAUCUAUGAACACAGAUAUGUAGGUAGAGAGAGCGUGUGUCUACUCUAAGCAACAUGGUGGUCAAGGGCCGGGAGGAGGACAAGGACUUAGAGGGAAAUCUGGCCACAAAUGCUACCACUUUUCAGUCUCAUGAGUUGAAAGGCAGCUUUUUGUGGACCUGGCCUCACCCUGGAUCGGGUCACAGCUCCAUCCUACACCUAUUUGGGAAGUAACAAAAGCAGAAAUUUCGGGUAGAUAUGCCUGGCUCAGGCAGCGCCUUCAUCCCCACCAUCAACGCUAUCACGACCAGCCAGGACCUGCAGUGGAUGGUGCAGCCCACAGUGAUCACCUCCAUGUCCAACCCGUACCCCCGCUCACACCCCUACAGCCCCCUGCCGGGCCUGGCCUCUGUCCCCGGGCACAUGGCACUCCCAAGACCCGGCGUGAUCAAGACCAUUGGCACCACCGUGGGCCGCAGGAGGAGAGAUGAGCAGCUAUCCCCUGAAGAGGAGGAGAAACGUCGAAUCCGGAGGGAGAGGAACAAGCUGGCCGCAGCCAAGUGCCGGAACCGACGGCGGGAGCUGACGGAAAAGCUGCAGGCGGAGACAGAGGAGCUGGAGGAGGAGAAGUCAGGCCUGCAGAAAGAGAUCGCUGAGCUGCAGAAGGAGAAGGAAAAGCUGGAGUUCAUGCUGGUGGCCCAUGGGCCCGUGUGUAAGAUCAGCCCCGAGGAGCGCCGAUCACCCCCUGCCUCUGGGCUGCAGCCCCUGCGUGGUGGGGGCGGUGGAGUGGGUGCCGUGGUGGUGAAACAGGAGCCUCUGGAAGAGGACAGCCCCUCAUCCUCGUCAGCCGGGCUAGACAAGGCCCAGCGCUCUGUCAUCAAGCCCAUUAGCAUUGCUGGGGGCUUCUACGGGGAGGAGCCCCUGCACACCCCCAUCGUGGUGACCUCCACGCCUGCCAUCACUCCGGGCACCUCGAACCUCGUCUUCACCUACCCCAGCGUCUUGGAACAGGAGUCGCCUGCGUCACCCUCCGAGUCCUGCUCCAAGGCUCAUCGCAGAAGCAGUAGCAGUGGGGACCAGUCAUCGGACUCCUUGAACUCCCCCACCCUACUGGCUCUGUAACCCAGCUCCCAGGGGGUCCUCGUCUCUGCCUCCUUCCCAGGGACCAGCACCUUCAAGUGCUCCAGGGCCGUGAGGCCAGGAGGGGGACCCUGCCAGAGAGCUUCCCAGCUUGAGGGAGACCUAGGUGGGUUUGGUGGUGAGGCGCCGGAGGGCUUCAGCAAUCUCUUAGAAGUCACAGGACCUCCUCCCUCGUGCAUCCUGCAAAGCAAAUCCUGUUUCUUGAAAAGCCUUGGAGAACUUGGUUUGGUGGACUCAGGCAUCUCUCCAGCUUCUGAAGAGCCUGCAGCGGGUGUGGACCAAUCCUGUGCCAUUGUUACGCUGCAUCUCUGGAGUGACGGUGUCCUUCCCCACCCUGCCCGGCAUGCUCAGUGCCUUUUGGUUUCACCUUCCCUCUCUUCACCCCUUCCUCCCCCCCAGUGUCAAUUUCACUUCCUCUUGGUUUUUAUCAAAUUUGCCAUGACAUUUCAUCUGGGUGGUCUGAAUAUUAAAGCUCUUCAUUUCUGGAGAUGGGCAGCAGGUGACGGACUCUUCUGCUGGGGCUGACUUGUCCAGAAGGGGACAGUCAAUGUGCAAUACAGAACCUUCCCUCCCUUGACACUCCUCGGUCCACCACCAUCUCCAGGACCACCAGCAGGGCUCCCUGAGCUCUCAAGGAAAUGCUGCCACCGCUGGGAGGCUCCGAGGACCCUUCCUCCCCAUCCUCGGAGACAACUUUUUGGAGGAGCGGCUUGGCCAGAAAACAGGGUGUGAGUGAGACAGCCGGGGCGCAGGUUGGGCUUGCCAAAUGCCUAAUUACCAGGGCAGGAAUAGUGCCAACAAGCCACGCAGGUGUCCUAGGCAGCUUCCCUUACCUGGUGUCUUGAGCAGGACGUCUCCUAUAAUUACUGCCUCGCCAUCCUGCCCCUGGACCCUUCUCUCUAGACCAGGGAGGCGUCCCUCCCUAGGAACCACAUGUCGCUCCAGGUCCCUACUGGCUCUGCCCUACCCCAGCCUGGCUUUCGGGGUGACGCCACCCACGGAGAUUUAAUGAGCGUGGGCCUGGCCCCUCCCCAGAUUGCUGCCAGGUGGCCCUUCCGGAAGCCUCAAAGGCACUUUUGCAGUGGAUGGAAAGGUAGGGGAGGAAGGAGGGAGGCAGAGUGGGAUUUGCCUCUCAGUGAGAUGCCAGGCCUUUUCUACCUUCUGUGGUCCCCUACAAUCUGAUGGAGUGCUUUCUUUUUUAUAUACUCCGUCCCCCACAGUGCUCUGCAGGUCCGGCCAGCCAGCUGUGAACCGCUGGCCCAGAGCUGUUGCUAAGGCUUGGGGCUUACAUGCCAUUCCUGGGGGCUGCUGAAAUCAGAUAAGAUGUAUUGCUUCCCACUGCUGGAGAGGUGCCCCCUUCCUGUGGGGUGGGGAGUGGGGAGUCCCCGACCUCCUGCAAGAGCACAGCUCAGCAUGGUCCCUGCUUCCCACCCCUCUGAGCCUUUCCCUCCUGAGGGCAUAGCUCUGGCUGACCCUCUAGGAUUGGCCUCUGCUGGGCUAGUGCCCUGGGGGAGACCCCGCUGUUGUGAUUCAGCUCUAGAGAUCAUUGUAUGAUAAUUUAAAAUUAUAUAGAUAUUAUUUAAAUCAAACCCAGUGGGGGUUAAAUUUCAAAGUUCGUCUGGGGGAGGGGAGAGAGAAAGAGAUUGAGAGAGCGCUGUGACGCGUUAGCAGGCCUCAGAGCUGGUCCUUCCUGCCCAUCCCCUCUCCAUGCACUAGAAUGGAACACGGAAUGGAGCAGCAGAUGCUCCAGAUAUACAGCCCGCUAUGACCUGAAGGGAUGCUUGGAAGGUUAGGCCAUGCAGAGAGUGGAGAUUUAAAAAAAAAAAAAAAAAGGAUUUUGUCCAAAAAUCCCUUAAAAAUGUUAUUUCCCACAUUCCUUGGCUAUGAGGCUGCCCUCCAGGUUUCCCAGAGGUUCUGGGAGGGGCACUCCUUAUUAGAUUGGGCAAUUGAGUUUCUGGCAUCUUUGAUUAAUUGAAGACACAGAAGUCAGCCAGGAAUAGCAGGAGGUGGGCAAAGAAAACCGGGGUGUGCUCAGCUCUGAAAGGCUUAAUCAUCUCAAGAGGUAUUUGUGGCCAAUUGCGAGCUAUUUGCUUCUUUUCUGCAUAUAUAUACAUAUAUAUUUGCAUAUAUAUGUAUACAUAUUUCUUAAAUGAAGCUGCUUUGGUGUUUUAUUUCUAAAAGACCCUUUGUGUCCCACUUUGCACAGCACUGAUCCCAAGGCAGGACACAGUCUGUGACUCGGGGCCAGGCUGGACAUUCCUGAGACAGUUUGGCUGUUGUUCAGAUUUCAAGCUGUGUUGGCUUUGGGACCAGCAGAAGGCCAAAAUCUACCAAUCCAUAGGCCUUUAGAAGCCUCUAAGCUGUCCCCUUCAGGACUCUCUGGCUUUGUUCUAGGAGGUAGUGUUUGGCUUCCCCAAAGCCAGAGGUUAUUUGGGGAAGGCUGAAUAUUCACCCUUAACUCAUGAGCACGUCUUUCUUUUCUUCUUCUGGCUUGUUCUCUGAGUUCAUGCACACACACCAUUGUUCAGAAUUACCAGACGCCAGGCCUGCUGCUUUCUCCUCCGUGGCUCCAACUAAAGGAACAGCUGCAGUGGGGGUGCCUUUGUGCUUGGGCUGGAAACUGCUGUGCUUCUCCUGUGUUCCCAGCCGUGAGGCAGCUGGUGUGAACUCCAGUUGGGCUGCAGGCAGCUCUGGGACGGCAUAGGGCAGGCACUCCUUGACAAGCUAGUAUGCACCACACAGUCCUCUCUGCCACCUGGCUGGCCUCUCUGGGAUCAGUCCUCUUCCUGGCUGAGUGGUUGGGGACAGCUGCUGACACAGGAAAGAGAGGAGAUCCCAGGUGAAGCUUAGGCAACUGCUGGAGCCAGCUGUAAGCAGAGAAUUCACGGGGGGAGUUUUCAGAAAGAAAUCAUUGUUCUGCCUGUGAGAAAGGCCAGGUGUGUCCACCAUGGCCAGUCAAACAAACAACUCAGCCAAGAGCCAUCAGAGGCUACUGCUUCCUUUUUCUCAGGCUUUGGGGAAGAGUCUCUGCUCUGCUCCCACUUGGCUCUGAGUCGAAGGGAGGGCUCAACCCAUAAGCAUUGGAACUUCUCUCCCCUUACCUUGAUGGACCAGCAGUGCUUCUGCAAUCUCACCAUUUCUCUUUCCGGUCGGUCUCCUUCUGGAUCAGAUAUCACAUGGCCCCUUUAAGAAGGAAAGGAAUAAGCACCUACUCUGUGCCAGGCACUGUGUUAGGCACUUUUUGUAAAUAUACCCUCUUUAGGAUAAGACUAAGGGAUGAGGGUAUCCCCUAUUUAAGGCCCCCAAGUAAUGGAUGAAUGAAAACACUUGGAGGUGAAAAGGUCUUUCUUCAAAGAUCUGAGGCAAGAUUGCCUUCAAUCUGAGGUUGGUUCUCAAAGACACCCCCCUCCCCAUAUCCUCCCGCCUCCAGACUUCUGUUCCCUCUCCCUCGUGAUGUGCUCCUUUGCACUCCUCAGAUGGUUGGAGGGGUAAUCUGAGUCCUUAUAGAAUUUGUGGACCAAUAGGAUAUGUGACGUGUGUAACUUUCUUUUUAAAACUUAAGUAAAGGGGUCUUGCUACUUUCUGCUUGUUGAGUCUUCUUGGCAUUCAUCUUAAAAGCCAGCAUCUCACUAUUUAUUGACAGGUUGGAUGUGUGCGUGCGUGUGUGUGUAUGUGUGUGUACAUUUCCAGGUGUGCCUCUUGCUACUUUUAAAAAUUCAGUCAUCCCACUACUAAUUUGACAUCUUUUCAUGCUUCUAGUGUUUUGGCCAUACAUCAACAGAGGGCUUUCAUUUUCCAAUGCUGAUGUGUUCAGGAAAGGCUGGGUCAAAUUUUGAGUGGGGGAUAGGAAGGGGAGGGGGAGAAGAAAUUGACAUUUAUUUUAUUAUUUAUUUAAAAUGUUUACAUCUUUGUGUUGUACCAAGCCUGAUGAGAAACAGCAUUAAAAUACUCGGUUCCUCUCUCCCUCUCUUUCUUCAUUUUUUUAAAAAAAAAUUAGGCUAAUGAUGCUUUUUUUGUUUCUAAAAUGAUUUGUGACAUGUGCUGUAUAAACUGUAUAAAAUGGUUCUGUUUUUAAAGAUGGAUUGUCAUUCCUCUGGGGACAGUGGUCACCAAAAAGUCUACAUUGUAAGAGAAUACAAGGAAAGAUCCUGCCCUGUUCCUCAAAAAUUAUUUUCUCUGUAUGAUUAAAAGUUUAUUCCAUUUA